CGUUUCCACUCGAGUGUAUUUUGGAGGCGCACACGCUACAAUGGCAACAUGCUCGAUAAGUAGCGCAGCUGACGAUGAAAUAAACGACCCGGGAGCAGCUCCGUACGGCAACUUCAUAAACUAUUACACCUUCAAUCCUCCGGAGAACCGCCUGAGCCUCAUUCCCUCCACUUUACUGCGGGAUUUAACGUCAGUUCACAGCGACGCACAGCAGAGCACUCUCAUCCUGGACGUCGGCUGUAAUUCAGGAGAGCUGAGUGUGGCCUUCUACAACCACGUGGUUCAGGAGCCCAAUGAGAGGAAAGUCCACCUGCUGGGCUUCGACCUGGAUCCGGUGCUCAUCCAGAGGGCUCAGCAGAACAACCCUCUGCCCGGCAACAUCUCCUUCCUCCCCCUGGACGUCACCAAGGACACGCGCCAGCUACAGGACCACCUCGACCGGUACGGCUGCUCCCGCUUCCACCUCACCCUGUGCCUGGCUGUCACCAUGUGGGUCCACCUGAACCACGGCGACGGCGGCCUGCUGCAGCUGCUCUCCCGCCUGGCCUCCAUCAGCCAGCACCUCCUGCUGGAGGCGCAGCCCUGGAAGUGCUACCGCUCUGCGGCCCGGCGGCUGAGGAAGCUGGGCCGCUCUGACUUUGACCACUUUAAGAGCCUGAGGAUCCGGGGGGACGUGGCGGAGCAGGUCAGGGAGCACCUGGAGGGACACUGCGGCAUGGAGCUCGUCCAGAGCUUCGGCAGCACCACCUGGGACCGCAAGCUGCUGCUUUUCAAGAGGAGGCGAGUCUGAGGGAGGAGGAACAAAAGACAUCUGCGUGGGGAAGGGGAGAGAGGAGAAGUAGAGUGGUUUAGAUGAUUCACAUUCAUUUGCAGGGAUUAUGACAGCGUGUGUAAAAGGAACUUCUCCAGUUGAAUGGCAAAAAGAUGGUUCCAGUUUUACGAAUGGAUCUUCUUGGUUAAAAUGAACAGAUUGUUUUGCAUUUGUGAAGAAUAUGUAUCACAGUUUACAGAGCAUUCAAAUAUCUUGUUUUAUCCACCUAACAAAGUUUAUAAAUCAUUUCUAAACAUAUCCUCAACACAUUGACGUAAAUAACUUGACUAGUUGUUGUAGAGGAAAGGACAAGUGAACAUUAAACCCUACAAAAGUUUUUGUUCUUUUCUAAAUCA